GGGCGCGAUGACGGGCUGAGCGCGGCGCGGCGUCUCCCUGCGGAGCCCUCUCCGGAGCGGAGCGCGCCUCCUCGCCGUCCGUCCCGUCCAACUUCCCUCCGGCGGCCGCUCAUGGAGGGCUUGUCGCCGCCCUCCUCCGACCUCAAGCGGGCCUUGGACAACAACAGCGACGCCGGUGCAGCCGAGCUCCAGCUGGGCGCCGAGGAUGAGGCUGCGGGGCCCGAGGAAGAGGCGCACAUGCCCAAGAACUACCUGUGGCUCAGCAUCUUGUCCUGCUUCUGCCCCGCCUAUCCCAUCAACAUCGUCGCCUUCGUCUUCUCCAUUUGGGCUGUGAACAGUUACAAUGAUGGAGAUUUAGAAGGGUCAAAGAGGCUGGGCCACAACGCAUUCUGGGUUGCCAUCGCAUCCAUUAUCAUUGGCAUUGUGAUCAUAGCGAUGUACUGUAUAGUCCAUUUCACUACGUAUGCCAUCUGAAGACUGAGAGUGGAUAUGAAAGGUUGCCGUCUUCAAACCCUCUGGGAAAAGCAAAGAAAAUCACCAAUGAAGAAGAGAAAAAUGAGGGAUCCUCCAGCCCAGACUGAUCAAUUAACCUGGAGGCACCUCACUAGUGAAGAGAUUGAUCCUGGUAACAGUGCUGUUAUGACGAGAUAAGUAAACAGUAUUUCUUAAAUAAUGCUAUUCUAGAGCAACAGCCCCUCUCCCCUUUUAAACUAUGUCAGAGAUGUAUCCUGUGUCCAUAAUGCAACCUAUUGCAGUAUGUAUGCCUCUUCCCAUGUGGAACGUCUCCCAGGCUGGAGGGUUUCACCGGUUGAACUUUCUGGACUAGUGAUAUUUGGAAGAAUAGAACUCAAUGCUCUGGACGAUCUCUCCUCGACUUCCCCAGUACUGACAUUGGACUGUCACGGCUCUCUAGCUCUAUUAACACCAUGGAAUGCAAAAUGAGAGUAAUUCCCUGUUUGCAUUGCGCUACAGACAUCCGCACCAACCUCUCUGCACGUUGCCCCUUCUGAAUUUUUGGCUCAUUCUCAAAGGAUUUGCAUCAUGUCCUUUUUUUUAAUGGAGAGGCCUGCCUCUGAUCUGUAUGCUCUUUUUUCCCAUUGCUGUUCCAGCAUUCAAUUCUUUUUCCAUCCUGUGCCAACUUCUCUCCAGCCCAAACGCAAGGUGGUUGUUCUCACACAGGCACACUCUUGUUUUGCUGAAAUGUUUUUGCAGAUCUCUUUUACAAUCCUUCUAAUGCAUCAGUCGGUUGGACCAUGCUUUUGUGAAGGUUUGUGUUUGUCCCAUUCUAAGACUGCAUGUUUCUGAAUCGACAGCUGCUUCCCCUGAGAGUCAGGAAUGAGUUUGGGUAGCAGUGGUGGUAGCCAGCUGACCAGAGGAAAAAUAACCAAUUGGCUACUCCUAUGUCUUUCUGAGCACAUAUGGCUGCAGCAGUCAGCUGUUAAGUUUUCCCCCCAUCAUAGAAAAUAAUUUGGGUGGCCCAUUAAGUUCUGUGCACCAACAACCCAUGAAUGGCAUGUUUACAGCGGUUUGUGGAAAGGUGACAUAUGUAGGAAUGGCUGACAAUUGGGGUAGAAUUCAAUCAGGCUUGGCUUUUGGGUGCUGUGGAGGAAAUACAAAAAUCACACAUUGGAUCCUGAUUGGAAUUAGUAAAAUUAUGGAGGGGAAGAAGUCUUGAGGAAAUCUGCCCCAUGGUUUUACAAGUGGGAGACAAUGAAUAGCUGCACCCCCCUUCAUCUUUUUGGAGAAACUGGUCAGGAGAAAAGAAAAGACACUCUCAUAAAGGGAGGAAAUAUAAUAACGGCAGUCAUCCAUGUUUGAUCAUUGAUUUAAACAAAUAGAGUCCUGCUUGUAAAGAAAAAAAAACAUAAUAAACUUGUAUUUGGUUUGUAUA